AUGUAUGGAAGUGACGAUUUGUUCGAGUUUUUGCACAGAAAAUGGGAAAUCGAAGUCUAUCAGACAGAACGCGAGCGAAUUUGGAUUGCUAUGGGAGCCAGUAAGAAGAAGGAACAUAUUCACAGAAUUUUCGACGACCUAUUUUUCAACAGCGCUCCGAGCGACUUGCGACCAAUGUGUGCUGGUUACGUCAGAAUUUUCGACGACCUAUUUUUCAACAGCGCUCCGAGCGACUUGCGACCAAUGUGUGCUGGUUACGUCAGCUACAACCAUCCCCUGAAUCACUUCACUUCUUACGUGCUGGAGAAUCUCGAUCGGAUCACAAAAGCUGUUCUUGCUGACAGGAUCCCAAUAGAUCUUUUAUUUCAAACGUUUGCUCGUGGUAUAGUGAAAGUGGAGGAUAUACCUACGUUCAACAUGGUUGUCGAACGUUUCGCACAAGACGUACCACCGAAGUUGGCAGCCAUGAUGAGCGCCAGAAUUCGUUCGGUGAGUGUGUGGAUGAAAACCCACGGAGACAGCGUGAUCAACAAUGCCACCGUUAUCAUGGGCCAGGUAAGAAGGUCGUCGUCGAAACCUGUCCCAGAUAUGGGACUGAGGGCGGUGAAUGGGUCAGUUCACCAGCUGCUAAUUGUGGGUAGUAGACGCGUUGGGCACUGGCACUGA